AUGUUCAACAAGAAUCUGUCCACAUGGUACGAUGCUCAGCAGGUCUGUCAAAGAAAUGGGGGCUACCUGGCGUCCAUGUCUAGCAAAGCAGAGACGGUCAGGGUAUUAUUGAACAUCCACCCCCUGAUCCGGGAUGAGUACACGAAACACUGGUGGUUGGGGCUGUCCCUAAAUAAAACAAUCGCCACGUGGAAGUGGGAGGACGGGAGUGAUCUCCAAAACAGUGUCAUUGCCUGGAAACCCGGAGAGCCUAACAAAUCCCUGAAAGACGAACAGUGUGGAGAGAUGAACAUACAGGGCAGGCUAAACGACCAGAAGUGUGACUCCCUCAACCCUUUCAUCUGCGAGCAAUACCCUCCGACCUUGCCGCCACCUUCCACAACAACAGUGGCGACAACUGCGAAAGACCCAGAAACCGUCGUGCCUAAUUCCACCACUAUAAAUCCAGUGCACACAGUAAAAACAAAUAAAGCAGACAUAAAUGUAGAAAAAACCCAAUGCGACCCUGUGGAAGAGUACGAUACAUCUUGGCCAAGUGUAUCCGAAGGAGAGGUUGUCAGCCGCCCUUGCAAGACUGGAACCGAGAAUCGUUCUCAAGACACUGAGUACGUCAGAGGAGAUGUGUCACAACUAUCGGCGGAUCUAGUGGACGCGGUACAGGCAGGAGCGGGAGAUCGGUGA